AGUGACCUCCGUUCCUCAACACUUUAUUGGUCUGAUAGUCCGAAGAGGAGUUGCGUAGACCAAGAGAAAAAAGACGCCAAAGUCUCGGGAACUUCGUGGGACCCGACAGAAUAGACGAGGGUGAGUGGCUUUUACCCUCGAGGUGACGAGCAGCAGAGAAAGAUCGAAGGAGAGAGGAAGACCCAGCAAGAGCUAUUUCCAACUGAUACCUGGGACUAACGGGGGGCCGGAGGUGCAGUAUGGUUGUGGUUCUCCGCGCUGGCUGCACAGCAGCGCUCUUCCUGUGGAUUUUCAGCAACAUCAGCGGCAGAGUCCGGACAGCCCUUCCGUCCUCGCAAAAAUGUGAUGAACCUCUGGUCUCCAGCUUAGCACCCUCCUUCUUCAGCAGUUCUUCCUCUCUGCCAUCUACAUCAAACAGCUAUGCACCAGGGUUUGCCAAGCUAAACAAAAGAGGAGGGGCUGGAGGCUGGUGUCCAUCAGAAAGUAACCAUUACCAGUGGCUACAAGUGGAUUUUGGCAAUAGGAAACAGAUCAGCUCAAUUGCUACUCAAGGCAGAUAUAGUAGCUCUGACUGGGUAACCCAGUAUCGGGUGCUUUAUAGUGAUACAGGGAGAAAUUGGAAGCCAUAUCACCAAGACGGAAAUGUUUGGGCAUUUCCUGGAAAUGUAAAUUCAGACACCGUGGUGAGACAUGAUUUACAGCAUCCAGUUAUUGCCCGCUAUGUUCGGAUACUUCCUCUGGAGUGGAGCGGAGAGGGUCAAAUUGGACUGAGGAUAGAGAUCUAUGGCUGUCCUUAUUGGGCUGAUGUUAUCAAUUUUGAUGGCCGUGCUGUAUUGCCGUACAGAUUUGGACACAAGAAGAAAACGUUGAAAACGCUAAAAGAUGUCAUUGCUCUGAAAUUUAAAACCACAGAAAGUGAAGGCGUACUCUUCCAUGGAGAAGGCCAGCAAGGAGAUUAUAUCACCCUGGAGCUGAAAAAGGCCAAACUGGUCCUUAAUUUAAAUUUAGGUAGCAACCAGUAUGGCUCAAUUUAUGGACACACAUCUGUGACUACAGGUAGCCUUUUGGAUGACCACCAUUGGCAUUCUGUUUUAAUAGAGCGUCAUGGGAAAAACAUCAAUCUCACACUUGACAGACACUUGCAGCAGUUUCGGAUCAAUGGGGAAUUUGACCACUUGGAUCUGGACUAUGAGAUAACAUUUGGAGGCAUGCCUUUUUCUGGGAAGCCCAGUUCAAACAGCAGAAAGAAUUUCAAGGGCUGCAUGGAGAGCAUCAUCUACAAUACCAACAAUAUCACAGAUAUGGCCAGAAGGAAGAAAUUGGAGCCUUCUACUGGGGGGAAUUUAAGCUUUUCCUGUAUGGAGCCUCACACGGUGCCAGUAUUUUUCAAUGCUACCAGUUUCCUGGAAGUGCCUGGCCAUCCAAAUCGUGAAUUAUUCUCAGUCAGCUUUCAAUUUCGGACAUGGAAUCCAAAUGGAGUUCUGCUGUUCAGCAACUUUGUUGAAGGCCUAGGUAGCAUACAGAUUGACUUGGCUGAGGGAAAAGUCAAUGUCCAUAUUAAUGUUACUGGAGUGAAGAAGAAUAAAAUCAACAUAUUUUCAGGGGCAGGACUCUGUGAUGGGCAGUGGCAUGAGGUUCGAUUCUUAGCAAAAGAAAAUUUUGCAGUUCUCACUAUUGACGGUGAUGAAGCCUCUUCUGUUCGGAGUACCAGUCCUCUGAAAGUUUUGACAGGAGAAAAAUAUCUGUUUGGAGGUUUCCUUCAGCGGUCAUUCCAGGGCUGCAUGCAGUUUAUUCAUGUGGAUGAUCAAUUGGUGGAUUUACAUGCAGUAGAACAAGGAAAGUUGGGAAGUUUUGCCAAUAUCAGCAUUGAUAUGUGUGCCAUUAUUGAUCGGUGUGUGCCCAAUCACUGUGAGCAUGGAGGGAAGUGUACCCAAACAUGGGAUAGCUUCAGUUGCACCUGUGAUGGAACUGGAUACAGUGGAGCCACGUGCCAUAAUUCUAUUUAUGAACUCUCCUGUGAAGCAUAUAAACAUUUGGGCAAAACAACAGGUUCUUACUGGAUAGAUCCAGAUGGCAGUGGUGCACUGGGACCUUUGAAAGUUUACUGCGAUAUGACAGAGGAUAAAGUAUGGACUACUGUGAAUCAUGACUUACAAGAGCGUUUUCCGGUGGUAAGCAACAGACCAGAGAAGCAUGCUUUGCUACAGCUUAAUUACAGUGCCACCAUGGAUCAAAUCUCAGCCAUCACUGGUAGUGCCGAGUAUUGUGAACAGUUCAUCUCCUAUGUCUGUAAACUGUCAAGGCUGCUGAAUACCCCAGAUGGCAAUCCAUAUACCUGGUGGACUGGACGUGCCAAUGAAAAGCACUACUACUGGGGUGGCUCUGGGCCAGGCAUUCAGAAAUGUGCCUGUGGUAUUGAACGUAACUGUACUGAUUCCAAAUACAAUUGCAACUGUGAUGCUGAUUCUAAACAAGAGAGAAAAGAUGCUGGUCUUUUAUCUUACAAAGACCAUUUACCUGUCAGUCAAGUGGUGGUUGGAGAUAUUGGUCGGCCAGGCUCAGAUGCCAAGUUAACUGUAGGCCCUCUGCGUUGCCAUGGAGACCAAAAUUAUUGGAAUGCUGCAUUAUUUGUUACUCGAUCUUCGUAUCUCCACUUCUCCACCUUCCAAGGGGAGACGAGUGCUGACAUUUCUUUCUAUUUCAAAACGUCUGCCCCUGAUGGAGUGUUCCUUGAGAAUCGGGGGAAUUCAGACUUCAUCAGACUUGAGCUAAAAUCUGCUACAGAUGUAUCUUUCUCAUUUAAUGUUGGAAAUGGCCCAGUAGAGAUUAUUGUGAAGUCACCCCGUUCGCUCAUUGAUGAUCAGUGGCAUCGGGUAACUGCAGAACGCAAUGUCAAAGAGGCCAGCCUGCAAGUAGACCAGCUCCCCAAAGAGGUCCGGAAGGCUCCCACUGAAGGCCACACUCGACUAGAACUCUAUAGCCAGCUCUAUGUUGGUGCUGCAGGUGAACAGAUAGGAUUUUUGGGCUGCAUUCGCUCUUUAAGAAUGAAUGGAUUGACUCUGGAUUUAGAAGAGAGAGCAAAAGUCACCCCAGAUGUGAAACCUGGUUGUUCUGGUCAUUGCACAAGCUAUGGGGUACAUUGCAAAAAUGGUGGCAAAUGUGUUGAAAAAUACAAUGGAUACUCAUGUGACUGUUCCCAGACAGCAUACGAUGGUCCUUUCUGCAGAAAAGAUGUUGGAGCCUUUUUUGAAGAGGGGAUGUGGCUCCGGUAUAAUUUUUCAUCUGUAGGAAACAAUGUGAAGGAUUCAGGGAGCAGAACUCUCUUGAGCUCCAAAGAAUCAGAGAACUCUGUACAAGAUCUGAGUCUCAAUAAAGAAGAGAUCAGUUUUAGCUUCAGCACUAGCAAAGCUCCUUGUAUCCUGCUGUACAUCAGUUCUUAUUCUCAGGACUACAUGGCAGUGCUGGUGAAUCCAUCUGGAAAUUUACAGGUUCGAUACAAACUUGGAGGUGCUAAAGAGCCAUACAACAUCAAUGUAGAUCACAGGAAUGUGUCAAAUGGACAGCCACACAGUGUGAAUAUCACACGGGUGGGAAAGGACAUAGUUCUCCAGCUGGACCUUUAUCCCCCAGCAAGCUAUACCUUACCAGGAUCAUCAAGCCUUCAGUUCAGCUCACUGAAGUCACUCUUUCUAGGAAAAGUAAUAGAACUCGGAAAGAUUGAUCAAGAGAUCCAUAAAUACAACACUCCAGGAUUUUCUGGCUGCCUGUCACGUGUGCAGUUCAACCAGAUUACUCCACUCAAGGCAGCCUUGAGACAGACCAACAUCUCCUCUCACAUCUACACACAAGGAGAACUUGUAGAAUCGAACUGCGGGGCAAAUCCCCAGACCAUCCAACCAAUGUCUUCUGCAACAGACCAUUGGCAUCCAGAUUCAGGUGCUGAUCUUCCUUACAAUGGUCAAGUAAUAGGAAGUGGUGUUAACAGGAAUUCAGCAAUUAUUGGAGGUAUCAUUGCUGUUGUGAUCUUCACCAUUCUCUGCACCCUGGUGUUCCUCAUUCGAUACAUGUUCCGCCACAAGGGAACCUACCACACCAAUGAAGCCAAGGGGUCAGAAUCUGCUGAGAGCGCAGAUGCCGCUAUUAUGAACAAUGACCCCAAUUUUACAGAAACCAUUGAUGAGAGCAAAAAAGAGUGGCUUAUCUGAAAUGAAACGGGAGGAGGAAACAGCAGGGAUUGGGGCAGGAUUGGGGAACAUUUUUUUCAACAAGAAGAGAGCUCUCUUAAGGACUCUUGAGCACAUCUAGUUUUAAAAAGGAGGAGAACAGCACAACUCAAGGAGCAAGUGACAGACAGACAUUGAGACUGCAAACCCAACAUACAGAAAAUACUGGUUUAUCAUGAAUUGCCCCUUUUUGUAUACAUCUAAACCAAGAAAAUAAUCCAAGCGGUUCAGUAAUUUAAGUUCAUCACUGAUUCAUACUUGUCAGUAAUUAUUGGUGUCUUUAUCUGUGGUUAGAGGUGUUUAAAAAUACCUGUCACUACAGGGGCCACUUUUCUAUUUUUUUUAAUCCCUUUAGAAUGUAAAUAUCUCUCUCCAAACAACAGGAUAUCUGCCUCUAAAGCCUAGGAACAUUCUUCUCUAGCCUUUUAGCAUAAUGUUCUAAAAAGGAUGUGAUAAUAGCUGGAUCACACUCACAUUGUCAUUUGACUUGAUUUGAACAUUCAGCUUAAAGGUAUCAGACUGCAGGACUGGUUUUAAAUGGCUUUAGAGUCAUUCCCCCUCUCUGGCAAAUUCUCAGAAUUCUCUGUAAUAGUCUGAAAAGGCCAGGAAUCCCCAAGGGUAUCUUCUUUUAUUGGUGUAGACAUGUUAGUCACCUCUGUUGUUUGAGAGGAGCCCAUAUCAGUCUUGCUCCAGUUUCUUGGAAUGAGAAUACAGGGGUUUCACAGAGUGGUUUCCUCCGACAGAAUCUCCAACAUUACUGAAUUGAAAAUCUCACAGGAAACAGCCACAUUUCAGUGGCUGUCAAUCUGUUGGAGGAGCUCUCACAGAAUUCUUCUCUUCGGGAGAAG